UGUUUGACAAUGCAUCCCUGAUUGAAAGUUUAAUUUUCCCUAGAUACAAAAGCCAUCUAAAGCAUUAUUUGGUAUUUACACUUUAGCAAUAAAAGAGAAUCAAACACAAUGGAUUAAAUUGUGUUGGACUCUUGAUGGUCAAAUAUGAUGUGAUUCUUAGUCUUGGUCCAUGAGAUGAAAAUGUGUUGACACUAGAUAGCACGAUGGGUGAUACUUCUAUGUGAACAUGGUAGACAUGUCGACUUGGAAUAGUUUAGGAAUUUAUUUUUGCCAAAACUAGUGUUGGGAGUAUGGCUUGGAUGUUGGACUUUAUUCUUGGUUUGUCCUUGAUGAAACUUCAAGGUUGUAUUUUGUUGUUCCUAGGCCCUUGGUUCACUUCUUUCUGGAAAAUCAGUGUUUUCUUCUCCCAAAUGAAGCCUUACAAUAUAGCAAUUUUUACAUUUGAUAGGAAUGAACUUUCUUUCAACUUUUAUUUUUCUUUUACGUUUCUUUUCCUACCAUUUUAGUUUAGGAUAGUUGGGGUUGUGCAUUUUGAUACAUGGAAUAAUUGUACAUACAAUCUGUUUUAAUAUAUAACCAAACAUGAUAGUAUUUUACUUUGAAGCAUUGUUAUUAAUAUAAUGUAAUUUAUACAACUGACCCAAGAUUUGGUAUCUCAUGCCUGGGAAAAGUCAGUACUGUAUAUGAGAAUGACCGAGAGUUGGUGUUUCAGUUUUAUAAAUUCCUUUUCGUAGUAAGUUCUUUGUUUCUUCUUGGUUUCUCUUGUAUGUAACUUACUUUUACCUAUUAUUAUUUUCUAUUCAAUUGUUAGAACAAUUCGUUUAGAAAAUGACCAUUCCAUGCCUAUGUCUUUCUUAGCUUUGAGUUGUAAUGACUUUCUAACAACUGAAAUAAUUGAAAAUUUGAAACCCAUCUAUUAAGGUGUACACUAGGACUAUGUUACAGAGAUUCAGGGAAUCAGCUCCCCAAGUUAGCACAAGUUGCAAGGGGAGUAAAUAUUAGGAGACAUGGAUCACAUGAUGGAGAAUGAGAAAAACUGUGCAGAGAGGGAACAUAAUAGGCAGGAACUUUGUUAGGGAAGGAAUUGGGCAGGAAGGUGCAUGCCUCCCAAAUAGCCUGGGUUAUCUCUAUUUUCUUUAGUUGUGAGGAAAUGAGUUCUAUGCCAUUUUCUGCUGUUACUUGUCUAAGGCACUGAUAUCACGUUGAUAUCAGAUACAGAUACAUAAUUUUAGUGAUAAUACAAACUAUACAUUUAUUACAGUACCAUUCAGCCUUUUUUGAUCCAAUAGUAGUAGGAGGGUUUUCAUAAAUUGGCUUGUGUAUGACUAAUUUUAUCUUAUAGAAAAACUUAUUUCAUUUUUUCUUCAUAUUUUUCCCUCCUAAAAGUGUUUAUAAAAAAGUUUAUCCUGGUAGACCCUUAGUUCCCGAUGAUUGCAGUUACUUAAUGUGACAUGAGUUUGUUGGUGAUGAAUGUAUUUUGCUAUGGUUUAACAUGUAAGAUCAUGUUAGCUGGUCCUUCUCAAGUGGAUGCAUCCUCUUUACAAAUUAUCACACCUGGUGUCAAAUAUAGCCUUGAAGUGAUUAUCUCCUCAAAAGUUACUUAUUGGCGUGCUGUAAUCACAAUAGUCGAGAAUACUUGCAUUGACCAAGCUCGAAACCAUUUCAUUAGGACCAAUGAUUCUACUUUGAAUAUUCAUUUUGAUAGAAGACCGGUGAAGGUGGAUUUUUGGACAUCUGUUCCAACUUAUGAGUUGAAGGUUAAUGGUAUCCCAAGAACAGUUGUUGCAACAAGCAAACCAGGGGACCUGGUAGUUUUCUUGGACUUUAGCAUUCCUAUAAGAAACUCAACUGAGCAAGUUAUGAAUGCACUACAUGUUAACUCUGGCGUUUUAACUCCUCUUAAUUGUAGAAGCAACGGGACCCGCAGAUUUCGUUUUAAUCUCAAGAACAUCUCAAGACCUGAUAUUAUCAGAAUUGAAUUACAAGCCAGGCACUCCUGUCUCUCCUGUUGCUCCUAUCACAUUCCUUUAUGAUCCCGUGAAAUCCAAGGUAAUACUGAAGACCAGCUCCCUCACCGAGACAAGGGAUUUCAACAUCAACAUAAUUGCUGAGUUCACAAAGCCAGUUUUUGGUACUGGCUUUGGGGCCUCUAUGAUAGAUAAGCAUAAUAUUCACUACAAAUAGUCUUUACACAAUGGCAGGUGUAGUAAACUAACAAUAAGCAUAAUAUUCACUACAAAUAGUCUUUACACAAUGGCUCAACACAUAAAGUUGAGGUAUUAGUAUUAUUUCAUUAUGAUUUAAGUAAUGUAAGAAUUCCUAACUUGGUUCCUUGUAGGUUAAAGGAACUAUCAAGAGCUUUAGACUCUCUAAGCAGUAACAAAGGAGGCCAGUUACCAUUCCUGCAGGGAAGGUAACUGAUACUUCAGAAAAUGAAAAUUUGGCAUCUAACCAGCUUGAUAUCAAGUAUUGUAUGAAUAUCUCCUUUUUUCCUUCCUUCGUUUCUUAUAAUAACUGGUUAUUAUAUAACAGUUUCUUU